ACGCUCCCCCUUCGAGAAUGACCGUCCCUGUGCAGAACCCCUUAAACAGCCGCCCGGUAGCCAGUCAGCUCCGUCCCCGCGGCGCGCUACCUUGUGACGUCACCGAGGGAAGAGGCGGAUUCUCCUACCACCGGAAGACGUCUGACUUUUUGAUUGGCUAGCCAGGACGUCCGUUAGGACGUGUUGCGCUUUUGGCGUGCACUGCGAGUGUGGGCGGCCCUGUGGGGGUGUGUGGCAGGGGUUUCCAGACCCGGGACCAACACACCAGCCCCUUCCAUCAGGGGUUCGGCUUAGGGUCGCCCCUGGUGGGCGGCUCUCGAAUCUUGAAGAACAGCACGCGAACCCGGACGCUCCCGGGGCUACGGAGGUCGGCAGGAAGAUGGCGGCAGCGUCGGUCUCUGAGACUUCGGCUUCUCAGUUCUCGAACAUCUUAGCAGAACCAUCAAAGUCUAAUGGAAGUAUGGUUCACGAUUCCUCAUCUCCAUAUGUAAUAUAUCCACCUGAUAAGCCUUUCCUUAAUAGUGAUCUGCGACGUUCCCCAAAUAAGCCUACAUUUGCCUAUCCAGAAAGCAACAGCAGAGCUAUAUUUUCCGCUCUGAAGAAUCUUCAAGAUAAAAUUCGACGUUUAGAACUUGAAAGGAUUCAGGCAGAAGAAAGUGUGAAAACCUUGUCUAAAGAAACAAUUGAAUAUAAGAAAGUACUGGAUGAACAGAUACAAGAAAGGGAGAAUUCAAAGAAUGAGGAAUCGAAGCACAAUCAAGAGUUGACAUCUCAGCUCUUAGCUGCAGAAAAUAAAUGUAAUCUUUUAGAAAAACAAUUGGAAUACAUGCGUAACAUGAUAAAGCAUGCAGAAAUGGAGAGGACAUCUGUAUUAGAGAAACAGGUUUCCCUAGAAAGAGAACGACAACAUGAUCAAACGCAUGUUCAAAACCAACUUGAAAAAUUGGAUCUUCUUGAACAGGAGUAUAACAAGCUUACCACGAUGCAGGCCCUUGCAGAAAAAAAAAUGCAAGAGUUAGAAGCAAAACUCCAUCAAGAAGAACAGGAAAGGAAACGUAUGCAAGCUAAGGCAGCCCAGACUGGUCUAGAAACAAAUAGACUUAUCUUUGAAGAUAAGGCAACUUCAUGUGUUCCCAAUGCAAAAAGAAUUAAAAAAAAGAAGUCAAAACCACCAGAAAAGAGAGGUUCUAGGAACUAUUUUGCUGCACAACCACACUAUAGAUUAUGCUUGGGUGAUAUGCCAUUUGUAGCUGGAAAGUCCACCAGCCCUAGCCAUGCUGUGGUAGCCAAUGUUCAGCAUGUCUUACAUCUAAUGAAGCAACACAGUAAAGUCUUGUGCAAUGAUCGAGUAGUCAGCAGUGUUCCUCUGGCAAAGCAAGUGUCUUCACGAAGUGGGAAAAGCAAGAAGUCAGCAACACCUCCUCCAUCUAGCAGCAUUAAUGAAGAGCUGGCAGAAGUCUUAGAGACUUUACAAGAUGAAUUUGGGCAAAUGAGCUUUGAUCACCAGCAGCUUGCGAAACUUAUCCAAGAAUCACCAACCACUGAACUGAAAGACAACCUAGAGUGCGAACUGGAGGCAUUAGUGGGCAGGAUGGAGGCAAAGGCCAAUCAAAUAACUAAAGUUCGAAAAUAUCAAGCCCAGCUGGAGAAACAGAAGUUGGAGAAGCAGAAGAGGGAAUUAAGAACCACCAAAAAGACUCUUGAUGAAGAAGGAAAAAGCAGCGGCCGUUCUUCUGCAACCACAGGGACCACAAAUAAGAAGGACUUUGCCAAACCAAGACCUGGAGAAAAAAGCAGGAAAAAUCUUCAGCUAUUGAAGGACAUGCAAACCAUACAGAAUUCAUUACAGAGCAAUAGUUUGUGUUGGGAUUACUGACUGGUACCAGGUCAUAAAUGUUAUUCACAUAAUCCGUACCUCAUCAAUCAGAUGUUGACAGUUUACUUUCCAGGUCUCAUACUCUUAUGUUGGAAUUAAUUAAUAGCAGGUAUUAAGGGGCCCAGGCUUCAUUACACAGGCUUCUUAUGUAUCACAGCUAAAUGUUAAACCAUCUAAAUGGAAACCAGGGGAGUUUUAAAGGCCAAGAAGCCACACAUACUCUGUUUCUUUGUUUGAGAUGAAUUUGCUGUACUGAUAUUGCACUUUGUAAACAAAUUACCAAUUUUUUACUUGUGGGUGUGAUUUUUUUAAAUAGUUCUAUAUAUCUAAGUAAAAUGAGGUUUAAAUUAUCAAAGUAUGAGGCUGUCCCAUAGGCAGUGUUUGAAAAGUCUCAUUUUUAAAUCUUCCCCUGGCGUGAAUCGCCCACUUCUCCUUUUCAAUGCAACCAUUAAAUGUACUGUUUCAACUAUUGAUGGAGGUUUUCUAUAUUUAAAUAUUUAUACAUAUUUAAGAGGAUUGUUUUCUUUUGCUCUUUGACACUUCAAACAUUGAUCAGUGUUAAAAAUACCUUUAUCUAUGUUAAUCCACCAUUAAAAAUUUUUGAAGACCGAAGCAUUCAUUUUAAAUCAGUUAACUGUGAAGAUUACAAAAGCGUUUAAAACUAUAAACAAACUGUAAAUGAAGUAAAUGAGGUUUUAGAAUGAAGAGAGAACAGGAGGUGUUGUAAAGCAUAUAUGUUCGUAUUUUUAGAUAAUACCUGUUUGUAAUCAUGCUAUUUAUUUCAAGGCAUUAUGGUUUUUAAUCUUAAAAUUUAGAAGAACCCCUUGGCUAUUUACUUUUAUUGGUGUACAGUGUGAGUGCAACAUUAACUGUACACAUGGAAUUGUCAUUGUGUUAAUAAUGUAAAUCAUAAUUUUGAAUAGAUCAAGACAUGUUAACUUUUUAUAAAUUUGCCACUAAAAUCAAUAAAGCAGCUUUUUAAGGAAACACUGAAAUUUUCCUUAACAGCCUGUUAAUAAAGGCUUUAUUUGUUGCAGUCUCUCAAAAAAAUACACUUUUAAAUAGGACAUUAACGUAUUAUGAGAAACAAUAUAUGGUAUUUAAUACAUAAUUUACUUGCCUUUUUCCAGCUUACAUAGAAACUAGGCCCAACAAAACUGGAUUAUCUCAUGGUAUAUGUUAAGAUACUCUUUUUAAGAGUACUAAUGAACAUGUUAACUAGAUAUUAAAGCGAUUCCUUUUUUGCCUCCCCUGGGAUUGAAAUGGAGUUCUAGGAUUUUAUCUAGACAACAGCAUGAAUUGUAGUGGCUGUCUGGGCACUAAGCUUGUUAGGCCUUUUACUGAAUUCAUUGUCUACAAAGUUUUUAAU